UGUUCUCAAGUAAUGGGUCAAACUUUCUAGGCUUCUAUUAUGCUCAGAGUCACAGCUGAUGAACACAGCUACAACUACAAGCACACGUCAGAUCUUCUUCUCUCACUAACUCGUUCAAGAUCACUCCCAAAGGGUCUUCAACUCCAUGCCCAAAUCAUCAAAUUGGGUCUUCAAACCAUUCCACUCAUAUCCCACAACCUCAUCAACUUCUACUCCAAAACCCAGUUCCCCAUUUACUCUUGCCAUGUUUUCAAUGAAUCCCCAUACAAAUCUGCCACCACUUGGAGCUCUGUCAUUGCCUCACUCGCCCAGAAUGAGCUUCCCUCACAUGCCAUUCAGUUCUUUAGGAAAAUGCUUGAGAAUGGGGUUUAUCCUGAUGAUCAUAUAAUCCCUAGUGCUACUAAGUCAUGUGCUAUUUUGGGUAGGUGUGAUAUUGGGGAGAGUGUUCAUGGACUUGUUGUGAAGACUGGUUUUGAAUUUGAUGUUUUCGUUGGUAGUUCUAUGGUUGAUAUGUAUGCUAAAUGUGGUGAGAUUAAAUAUGCAAGGAAAGUGUUUGAUGAAAUGCCUGAGAAGAAUGUUGUUUCUUGGAGUGGAAUGAUAUCUGGGUAUGUUUUAUUGGGUGAUGAUGAAGAGGCUUUGAGGUUGUUUAAACAAGCUUUGGUUGAGAAUUUGGAUGUUAAUGAUUUCACAUUUUCGAGUGUGGUUCGGGUUUGUGGAAAUUCAACUUUGUUAGAGUUGGGAAGGCAGAUACAUGGCUUGUGCUUCAAAACUAGCUAUGAUUCUUCAAGUUUCGUUGGGAGUUCUUUGGUGUCUCUCUAUUCGCGGUGUGGAGUUAUCGAAUGUGCUUUUCGGGUUUUUAAUGAGAUAACUGCUAAGAAUCUUGGUUUAUGGAAUGCAAUGCUUAUAGCCUGUGCUCAACAUGCUCAGCCAGAUAAAGCUUUUGAAUUGUUUGGUGAAAUGAGAAGUGCGGGAAUAAAACCGAAUUUCAUUUCCUUUUUGUGCUUGCUCUAUGCUUGUAGUCAUUCCGGGUUGGUUGAGAAAGGGAAGUAUUACUUUGAGAUGAUGAAGGAGUAUGGGAUUGAGCCAGGAGCUCAACACUAUGCUUCUAUGGUUGAUUUGCUCGGGCGAGCAGGAAAACUCGAAGAAGCAGUUUCGAUGGUAAAAGGGAUGCCAAUAAAACCGACUGAAUCAAUAUUAGGAGCUUUACUAACAGGAUGUAGAAUCCAUGGCAAUGCUGAAUUGGCAGCCUUUGUGGAUCAUAAGAUCUCUGAACUCGGGGGCAAUGUAGGCUCGGGGCUUUUUGUACUUUUGUCUAAUGCUUAUGCUGCUGCUGGAAAAUGGGAUGAAGCAGCCAAAGCAAGGAAGAUGUUAAGAGAUCAAGGAUUGAAGAAGGAAACUGGAUUGAGUUGGAUUGAAGAUGGAAACAAAGUUCACACAUUUGCUUCGGGCGAUAGAACUCAUUUUAAAACCGAAGAGAUUUACAAGAAACUUGAUGAGUUAGGAGAUGAAAUGGAGAGAGCAGGGUAUGUUGCAGACACUAGUUUUGUGCUUAAAAGGGUUGAUGGUGAAGAGAAGAACGAGACAAUUCGGUAUCAUAGCGAAAGAUUAGCCAUAGCUUUCGGGCUCAUUACUUUCCCACAUGAAAGGCCUAUAAGGAUUAUGAAAAACUUGAGAGUUUGUGGUGAUUGUCAUACUGCUAUAAAGUUCAUGUCCAAGUGUUCAGGAAGAGUUAUCAUUGUGAGAGAUAACAAUAGAUUUCAUAGAUUUGAAAAUGGAGUUUGUACUUGUAGAGAUUAUUGGUGAUUCAUAUUCAUUUUUUUCACCAUUGAAGAAAAGUUUUUGGAAAUGAAUGAAAGAGAACAUUGAUUUAUUAUA